UAUAGUAGACAGAUGAUAUACAAAGAAGUGUUUUAUGCUGUUGAUAUAAAAAUGCUUAAGUAUAUUAAUUAGUUACAACAGACAUCCCUUUUUUUGAAAACAGUAGAAGAAGAUAUAACAGAAAAGAAAAUCACCAAACGACCUUCUGAGCAACCUCUGCCUUAUGUUGCUCCUCUCUCUCCUAAGCAACCCAGAAUAAUAGUGCAUGCCUCUGAAGAGGAAGUAUUACCUUCUGAGGAAGAUGGCAUGGCCAAAGAGGAAAAGCUUUCUGAAGAGUCCAAGAAGUCACCACUUAGUUCAGCAAAUUCUUUGAGUCCUGUCAGAAAAAAUCCUAUAAGCACUCAUACUCCAGUCUCCAUGAAUGGUUCUCAAAGUGUGCCAUGCACCUCAAGCCCCAAAGUAGUGGAGACCAAAUCAUCUAUCAAGAGUAGUCAGCUUGAAGUUGAAUUUGAAAUGCAGAGGGAAAGUGAAGUUGAAGCUCCAAGUUAUAUAGCUGUACCUGACCCCAGUGUCCUGAAGCAAGGCUUCUCUAAGGACCCUGAAACCUGGUCUGUGGAUGAAGUGAUACAGUUUAUGAAACAUAAAGAUCCUCAGAAGUCAGGCCCCCUUGCUGACCUCUUCAGGCAACAUGAAAUUGAUGGGAAGGCUCUGCUACUACUCAAAAGUGAUGUGAUUAUGAAGUAUAUGGGGCUGAAACUGGGGCCAGCCUUAAAGUUAUGUUAUUAUAUUGAAAAACUUAAAGAAGGAAAAUAUAAUUGAAAAAUACAUAAGUUUAGACAUAAUUUUCAGUUGUUUUGAUAACUUUAAAUUUAAAAGUAUUUUUAUUCUCAUAGCAAUUUUUGUUUUGUAGAUAGUUCCUCUAAAACUACAUUAUAUCCAGAAUUGCAGAACUCUAUUAUAAAGUCCAGUCUACUUCUUUAAAAGCCAUUAACAUGUUAGUACUAGCAUAUUCAAAUAGGCAGUUCUUUAUCUCUGUUUAUUAUUUUAUUGUACAGUUUACAAAUACACUUCCUGCAGGAAACAAAGAAACACCUUUGAUUUUGGUUAAUGUAUAUAUAUAAAACCAAAACAGCUAAAUCCCAAAGGGGAAAGUAUCAGGGACUGACAGGCUCUCUAAUGAAAUUCAUGCGAAGUUUUCCUUAGAAGAGAAUUUAAAGAUGCAACUAUAGAUAUCAUCUCUUUCUCAAAUACUUUGUCUGUUACUGCAAUGUUCUGUUUGUGUUCUAUCAAUUUCCUGAAAGGGAAUAGCCAUAUAAAUUACCUUCCUUUCGUUACUAUUGCUCUAUAUGUUGUAUUUGUUAAUAUUUAAAGAAAAAACAAGCUUAUAAACUUUCAUAAAGUGUUUUUAUCAGUUUUUGAUGAAUUUUGAACAAUUAUAGAGUAGUUGUUCUAUGCAGGAGAUAUUAUACUAGGGUGGUUUUGAUGGAGUCCAAUUAAAUUUUUUCAAUGAAAUACCUGUUAUUUCUAAACUUUACAUAUUUUCUCCAAGCUUAGACAUUUAACUUGGGAUUCUUUCUCACAUCUUUAUAUGAAGAAGACUAUCCCUUCUCCAGCGGAUCUUCCCAACCCAGGAAUCGAACCGGGGUCUCCUGCAUUGCAGGCGAAGUCUUUACCAACUUAGCUAUCAGGAAAGCCCUUACAUGAAGACACCUGUGCCCAAAUUUUAAAAUAUAUAUAUUUUAUUGUCUAUGUUUAUUCCUCAUAUGAAUUCAAUACUGUAUUUAUAUAUUAUUCUAUACUUGUAGGUAUUCAAACAAGUUAACCUGUUCUUUUUGAAUUUAAUAUGGCACUUUGCAUUGCCACAGAGGUAAUGGUGAACUAUUUAUAUAGUUGGAUGUUUUUAUUCUGGAAAAAUAUUUGCAUCAUUUGCUAUCACUAGUACCUCUCAGCUUAGUCUUCAGGGGAUAAGAAACAAUCCACAGAUUGGUUUCCAUACAGGGAAGUUCUCUGUCCUAUGCAAUGUUGUUAGUUAAUUUGCUUAGUUCUGAGCCAUUUAUUCUGCUAAAUUUUGGAAGAUGCAUUAAUUCUGACUUAUCAUUUUGGGUUUUAUUUUUAAAGUUAGAACUUUUGAGGGGAAAUGGUGCUAUAUGUUAAUUGUUAUUACUUUGUAUAACUUUGGUGUAAUGUUUAUAAGCUAUGAGAAUCUGUGCUAAAAGUAUUAGCCAUUUGUUAUAAAUGCCAAUAAAAUGUACACCAGGGGCAAGAAUGUACAUUUUCUUUUUUAGAAAACCAAAUGUACUUUAUAUGAGAAUGCUACUAUUUAAAGGGUGGUUUCAUCUAUGUUAUUCACUUUGUGUUUUAAGACAAAAAUUCUAAUUUAAACUGUCUUCUCUCAAAUUGUUUGUGUGAAGAUGCUGUGCCCAGUUAAACAGUCCUCAGGUGUUUGUAUAAAUACUGUUUUACAGUCUUUAGAUUUUAAAAUAUAAUAAAGUUAAAUAACCUCA